AUGUAUCCGGAAACAUUACACGUUCGAUCUCUCACCAAAGCGUUUUUGGAUAAAUAUGGAAUCGCUGUAGAACCUGAGACUUCUCUCAACCUUUCAUGGGAGAAAUUUAUUUUGAAAUUUUUCUCGGGGCAGAUCGAAGUGGAUAACGAAGGGAAUGUGAGCCUCAACGAAAACGACCCUCUGUUGCACGACAAGAUUUUGAAGAAGUGGACUGUAGACGCACUUGAAGCUCCCAUCGGUACCGAUUCGUCAUUUGACAGCACG